UGCUCUAAAACUUGCCUCUGUCUCUCCCUCUGCCUUACGCCCCUUGGUGGAAUUCUUUCUUCUGAGGAGGCAAGAAUUGAGGUUGCUGUAGACCCCAUGCAAAUUAGCUGCCACUAGCAAGGGCAAGGUAAGCUAUGGAAAAAGAAGUUUCUUGGGGCUAAAACUCAGAAUUUGAGUGUGCAGCAGGAUGGGGUAGAUGGAAGGGGGUUAGAGUGCUCAGUGCUCACAAUCUGUCAAUGAGGGUAGAGAGGUGGCAUGGCACCAGGUGGUCCAGGUAAUGCCAGGAAAAAGCUGGACUGUGUUAGGGAACCCAGGAGACAUGAUGGCCUUUAAAACAGCAUUUGGGCCGGACGUGGUGGCUCAUGCCUGUAAUCCCAGCACUUUCGGAGGCCGAUGCGGGUGGAUCACCUGAGGUCGGGAGUUCAAGAUCAGCCUGACCAACAUGGAGAAACCCCGUCUCCACUAAAAAUACAAAAUUACCCGGGUGUGGUGGCGCAUGACUGUAAUCCCAUCUACUCAAGAGGCUGAGGCAGGAGAAACGCUUGAACCCGGGAGGUGGAGGUUGUGGUGAGCCGAGAUCGCGCCAUUGCACUCCUGCCUGGGCAAUAAGAACGAAACUCCAUCUCAAAACCAAACAAACAUCAUUUGGAUCCACUCACCUUACAGAUAUUUCACUGAGUGCCUGCAGUGUGCUAGGGUACUGCAGAGCAAGAAGUAAGUCAAGAUCCUAAUCCUUAGGGAGCUGACAUUAGCAGGAAGACAGAAUUAAAGGAGCUAUUAGAAUACAGUGGGAUAAAUUGCUCGGCGAGCACACAGGAGGGGAAACUAGCACAUCUGAAGGCAGGAGUGAGGCAGGGCAAAGGACUAUUACCCGAAGAGUAAGGCAGUGUUGUAGCUAGGCGUGCAUGUGUUUGGUGCGGAGGGGCUGGGAAGAGUUCCAAUGCUAAUAUUUAGAGCGAAGAGAUUGAGACAUUGAGAGUUUCUCUGGGAUUAAGACCACAUGGACUUAACAGCUCCAUUCCAUUCUCCACGUUGCAAAGAGUAAACCUUUAAAAAUGCAAAUCUGACCUCUUUUCAUUUUUUUUUGUUUGUUUGUUUUGGGAGGAAGGAGUCUUGCUCUGUCAUCCAGGCUGGAGUGCAGUGGUGCAAUCUGGGCUCCUAUUCCCCUGCCUAGAAACCCAUCUCCCCCUGCCCUCUUAUCAGUUUUUUUUAUAAUUUAAAAUUUAUUUUUUGUAGAGACGAAAUCUCACUUUGUUGCCUAGGCUGGUCUCAAACUCCUGGCCUUAAACGAUCCUUCUGCCUUGGACUCCCAAAAUGUUAGGAUUACAGGUGUGAGCCACUGCGCCCGGCCCUCCUGUCCGUUAUCUGGUCUCCCAAAACUGGAUUAAGAUUAGGUGUCACUCCCAUUUGCUCUUGUAGUGCCCUGUGCUUCACCUACUAGAUCUCGUCAAAUUCUCUGAAUCCGCCACUAGCAUGAACUCCUCGAGAGCAGAAGCAGUUUAAUUAUCCUUGUGUCCAAAACAACUAACUGAAUACCCCAAUGCCCAACUCAUUUUGAAUGAAUGAAGCUGCCUUCAUUGCAGGGUCGGGUGGAGGAUUUUGAAUUCGGAAGCUUGGGCUUCAGUCUUUGUUAUUACAGUUUAAAGAUUCAUUCUCGGGCAUGGAGGAACAAUUUAGGUCAAAAUCACAAAAAUUUAAAAUAAUUUAGGACGAGGCGUAAAUUUAUCUGCAAAGAUCAACACGCUCAAACGAAUCACUUUAAUGUUCAUCAGUCUUUUACUUGAAGCAAAGUGGAGGGUACCUACCACCUACCUAAAAGCGCAGUGGCUCGGAUGGUCCUAUCCCGGAGAUUUCCUUGGCACCUAAGGCUCCGCCCACUAGUCCCCAAGUGGCGGAAGAGCCUCACGCAAGACGUGCCGCCUAACACUCCCGCGGAGGCAUCGCGACGCAGCGACGGCGUGGGCGGAGCAGCCGGCCCUUCCUCUGGCGCCUUCGGCUCCUCCCCCAGCGCCUCACACGCUCAUUGUGAAGCGACAGCGGCCGCCGGCUUCUAAGGCGGUUUUGAGACCUUGAGACCCUAAAUCCUUGGCGCGCGUGAGCGCCCGCGCCACUCCUUACCCACUCCUAGGGCUAGGGGUGCGAGGUUCACCGACUUGAUUCUCUCCCCUUCUCCCGCCGGGAGCUAACCGCGCCGGUGUGCGCGGCACCUGGCGCCACUGCUCGUUCCUGCCGCCCCUCCCCCCGGGGGCUCCCACCCGCGCGCUCCUCCCUCUCCGCGCCCCGGCGACGCGCACGCGCGCCAGCCCGGCUCGCGCCCUCUCGCUUUCCUCCAGCCCGCGAGACCCCCUCCCCUUCCGCCUCGCGGCGCUUCCUCGCGCCGCGGUCUUCUCUCUCCACCCCCGACACCGCGGGGCUCCCCCCGCCCGCCAACGGCGGGCCCCGGCUGCCCGAUCCCCCUCGCUUCCCGCGCUCUCCAGCGGGGCCCCAGCCCCCUCUCUCCCUCCCUUCCUUCUAAUUCCCCUUCCGGACGCUGCCAUCAUGUUGAAGCCUCAGCCGCCACAACAGCCCUCCCAGCCCCAGCAGCCGCCCCCCACGCAACAGGCCGUGGCCCGCCGGCCCCCCGGGGGCACCAGCCCUCCCAACGGCGGCCUCCCGGGGCCUCUGGCCACCUCUGCGGCUCCUCCCGGGCCUCCAGCGACCGCCUCCCCCUGCCUGGGGCCUGUGGCUGCUGCCGGGAGCGGGCUCCGCCGGGGAGCCGAAGGCAUCUUGGCGCCGCAGCCGCCGCCGCCGCCGCAGCAGCACCAGGAGAGGCCGGGGGCCGCCGCCAUCGGCAGCGCCAGGGGACAGAGCACAGGAAAGGGACCCCCACAGUCACCUGUGUUUGAAGGCGUCUACAACAAUUCCAGAAUGCUGCAUUUCCUUACAGCUGUUGUGGGCUCCACUUGUGAUGUAAAGGUGAAAAAUGGUACCACUUAUGAGGGUAUCUUCAAGACGCUAAGCUCAAAGUUUGAACUAGCCGUGGAUGCUGUGCACCGGAAAGCAUCUGAGCCAGCAGGUGGCCCUCGUCGGGAGGACAUUGUGGACACCAUGGUGUUUAAGCCAAGUGAUGUCAUGCUUGUUCACUUCCGAAAUGUUGACUUCAACUACGCUACUAAAGACAAGUUCACCGAUUCAGCCAUUGCCAUGAACUCGAAAGUGAAUGGGGAACACAAAGAGAAGGUGCUUCAGCGCUGGGAGGGGGGUGACAGCAACAGCGACGACUAUGACCUCGAGUCCGACAUGUCCAAUGGAUGGGACCCCAAUGAAAUGUUCAAGUUCAAUGAGGAGAACUACGGUGUGAAGACUACCUAUGAUAGCAGUCUUUCUUCUUAUACGGUGCCCUUAGAAAAGGACAACUCAGAAGAGUUUCGUCAGCGAGAGCUGCGUGCGGCCCAGUUGGCUCGAGAGAUUGAAUCAAGCCCCCAGUACCGCCUACGGAUCGCCAUGGAGAACGACGAUGGGCGCACUGAAGAGGAGAAGCACAGUGCAGUCCAGCGGCAGGGCUCAGGGCGGGAGAGCCCCAGCUUGGCAUCCAGGGAGGGGAAGUAUAUCCCUCUGCCUCAACGAGUCCGGGAAGGUCCUCGGGGAGGAGUUCGAUGCAGCAGCUCUCGGGGUGGUCGGCCUGGCCUUAGCUCUUUGCCACCUCGUGGCCCUCACCAUCUGGACAAUAGCAGCCCUGGCCCAGGUUCUGAGGCCCGUGGUAUCAAUGGAGGCCCUUCCCGCAUGUCCCCAAAGGCACAGCGGCCUCUGAGAGGUGCCAAGACUCUGUCUUCGCCCAGUAAUAGGCCUUCUGGAGAAACUUCUGUUCCACCUCCUCCUGCAGUGGGCCGGAUGUAUCCCCCGCGUUCUCCCAAGUCUGCUGCCCCUGCCCCAAUCUCAGCUUCCUGUCCUGAGCCUCCCAUCGGCUCGGCAGUGCCAACCUCUUCAGCCUCCAUCCCUGUGACCUCAUCAGUCUCAGAUCCUGGAGUGGGCUCCAUUUCCCCAGCUUCUCCAAAGAUCUCCCUGGCCCCCACAGAUGUAAAAGAACUCUCUACCAAGGAACCUGGGAGAACUCUGGAGCCCCAGGAGCUGGCUCGGAUAGCUGGGAAAGUCCCUGGUCUUCAGAAUGAACAGAAACGAUUCCAACUGGAAGAACUGAGAAAGUUUGGGGCCCAGUUUAAGCUUCAGCCCAGUAGCUCCCCUGAGAACAAUCUGGAUCCUUUUCCUCCCCGGAUCUUAAAGGAGGAGCCCAAAGGAAAGGAGAAGGAGGUUGAUGGUUUGUUGACUUCAGAGCCCAUGGGGUCUCCUGUCUCCUCCAAGACAGAGUCCGUAUCGGAUAAGGAGGACAAAUCACCCCUGGCACCAGCAGGAGGCACUGAGGGGCCAGAGCAGCCCCAACCACCUUGCCCAAGCCAAACUGGCAGCCCCCCGGUGGGCCUCAUCAAGGGAGAAGACAAAGAUGAGGGCCCUGUUGCUGAACAAGUAAAGAAAUCAACGUUGAACCCUAAUGCUAAGGAGUUCAAUCCUACAAAGCCUCUGCUGUCUGUGAAUAAAUCCACCAGUACCCCAACUUCUCCAGGGCCCCGGACUCAUUCAACUCCCUCCAUCCCGGUGCUGACAGCAGGCCAGAGUGGGCUAUAUAGCCCCCAGUACAUCUCCUACAUACCUCAGAUCCACAUGGGACCAGCUGUGCAGGCACCUCAGAUGUAUCCAUAUCCUGUAUCCAAUUCAGUGCCUGGGCAGCAGGGCAAGUACCGGGGAGCAAAAGGCUCCCUGCCCCCGCAGCGCUCGGACCAACACCAGCCAGCCUCAGCCCCGCCGAUGAUGCAGGCCGCUGCGGCUGCUGGCCCACCUCUGGUGGCUGCCACGCCCUAUUCUUCCUACAUCCCCUACAACCCUCAGCAGUUCCCAGGCCAGCCAGCCAUGAUGCAGCCCAUGGCCCACUACCCCUCACAGCCGGUGUUUGCCCCCAUGCUUCAGAGCAACCCACGCAUGCUGACGUCGGGCAGCCAUCCCCAGGCCAUCGUGUCAUCCUCUACCCCUCAGUACCCUUCUGCGGAGCAGCCCACCCCCCAAGCCCUUUAUGCCACUGUUCACCAAUCCUACCCACACCAUGCCACGCAGCUCCAUGCCCACCAGCCGCAGCCAGCUACCACGCCUACUGGAAGCCAGCCGCAGUCCCAGCAUGCGGCCCCCAGUCCUGUCCAGGCGGGGCAGGCCCCACACUUGGGCAGUGGACAGCCACAGCAGAAUCUGUACCACCCAGGGGCCCUGACAGGCACGCCGCCCUCUCUGCCACCGGGACCUUCUGCCCAGUCCCCUCAGAGCAGCUUCCCCCAGCCAGCCGCUGUGUAUGCCAUCCACCACCAGCAGCUGCCCCACGGCUUCACCAACAUGGCCCAUGUUACCCAGGCCCAUGUCCAAACUGGAAUCACAGCAGCCCCGCCCCCUCACCCUGGGGCUCCCCACCCGCCCCAGGUGAUGCUGCUGCACCCACCCCAGAGUCAUGGGGGGCCCCCCCAAGGCGCGGUGCCCCAGAGUGGGGUGCCUGCACUCUCAGCUUCCACACCCUCACCCUACCCCUACAUCGGACACCCCCAAGGUGAGCAGCCUGGCCAGGCGCCUGGAUUUCCAGGAGGAGCCGAUGACAGGAUUCGUGAGUUCUCAUUAGCUGGGGGAAUUUGGCAUGGAAGAGCUGAGGGGCUGCAGGUGGGGCAGGAUGCACGGGUUCUGGGUGGGGAGUGAGGGGUCUUGGAGGCAGGGCUGUCCCACAGGGCGCCCGCCGACCUGCACCUGUCUGUGAAGUAUGUAGGGUGGGCAGAAGCCACAGUCGCCGCCGCCAGGGGCUUGCUCCUGGCUCUGUCCUUUGCUUCCCUCCGUCCUCGCUCAGUUGUGAUCCAGCAGCCCCCCUCCCCACUGCCUCCCCAGCUCUCAGUGACCCCGACUGUCUCCUGACUUAGCCGAGGUAAGGUCAGUGCAGCAGACAGGGCCAGACUGGGGUGUGGGGGGCUGAGCUGGGCACAUGAGUGAGGGCUCUGGCUUACUGGGAAACAGUGAUUGACCUGUGCUUCUGACAGCCCCCGAGACACCUUGAGGAGGCCGCUCCUUCCCAGACACACCCCCACGCCCCCACUGGACGGCAUUGGAGGAAGGGACAGCUGCUUGGGUUCUAAUGCUCCUGCUCUCUUCUCUUUCCCCUCCAACCAGUUCAAUCUCAUCCCUCCCAGCAGCUCCCCUUCCACCCCCCGGGGAACUGAAGAUUGUCCUGGCCGCGACCUGAGACCUCCAUGAGUGGAGGGAAGAGUGAUCUAUGUCUCUUCCCCCAGCAGCUCGGACCACUCCCAGCCCCCCAUCCCCCCAUUCCCCGGGGGAGCUGGGGAAUUCCUGCCAAGCACCUUGAAUGGGAGGGGCCUCACAGAGGGCAGGGCCAGGGUCCAGCAGGGGUGGGGGGUUCCUGCUCUGCCCCUGCCCGUCCCCACCCAGUCUUGCCCUCCCAUCCUCUCAUCUAUUCCCCCGCUGGAGACGGAAGAUCUUUUAUUUUCUAUUAUUUAUAACUUCAGACUUGGGCCCCCUGUUCUUUCUUUCCCAUUAACUUGAGUGACCUGUGUGAGAGACAGACAGAUGCCCCACGAGGAUGGCUGGACAAGGACUUUUACUUUUUAUUACAUAAAAAUAUUAAAAAAUAAAAAAAAUAAAAUUUUAAACUAACUUAA